GCGGGAUUAGUUGAAACAGGAAGUGCAUGCGGUGAGAGAGGGGGGAUUUCCGGUCACACGGAGCAGUCAGCAGCUUUAGCGAGGAAGGAGAUAGUGCGGCGGGAAAAAGAAGGAUAAAAAUGGGACGUAGAAAGUCAAAGAGGAAGCCUCCACCUAAGAAGAAGACUGGAAUCCUUGAGACGCAGUUCACGUGUCCUUUCUGCAAUCACGAAAAGUCCUGUGACGUCAAUAUGGACAGAGCACGGAAUACGGGGGUCAUAUCGUGUACGGUGUGCCUCGAGGAAUUUCAGACACCGAUAACAUACCUUUCAGAAGCAGUGGACGUCUACAGUGACUGGAUCGACGCCUGUGAAGCUGCCAAUCAGUAGCCUGCGGCCAUCGUUCAGGACCCCGAUCCUCCCCAUCUGCAGCGGUCAUCUUCUGUGUCUCACUUUCACUGUACCCAGCUAUACAAGGGGAGGUCCCCUUUAGGGUUAAAGCAGCUGGGGUGUUUUUAUUCAGCUGAUGCUAGCCAGUUACAGCCGGACACACGACGUGUCUGAUUAGUUGAGAAGGUGCUUUUUUUGGGGGGUUUUUUUUGUUCUUUGUUUUUAAUUUUUUUUAUUACGUUUGCUUUCAAGGAUAGAAAAAUAAUCACAAAUUUUUAUUUAUAUACUGACAAUGAGCCUGGAAAUGUCAGGACCCUCUUUUUUUAUGUAAAGGAAAAAAAAUUCAGCCUUUCCUCCAUUCCAAAAAUCAAACAAGUGUUUGGAAACAUUAUAUGAGGUGUGUAUUAUAGUGAGUAGUAAUGACAGGCUGAAAAUCUAGAUUUCUUCUGGAGUUGAUUAUAUAAUGUCUGUUUGAUAAAAAGAUAAAAACGAAAAAAAAAAA